GUGUCCCGGCUGACUGAGGACUUACAGCAGGCUGAGGAGAGAGAGAGAAUCCUGGUGGCUUUUCCUGAACUCAAUCUCCAACACACAACACCACAGAGUACAGGUGAUGUGUUGGGUGAUAUGGAGCAGCAGCUGAAGGUGAACUCGAUCAGGAUCAGGGUUCUCGAGCAGGAAAACACGUCUCUCAAUAAAACCCUUUUGAGUCUGAAACACACUCGGUCCCUCACACUCAGUCAGCAGAGCGCAGGAGAUCACACACCUUCACCUCCAGCCUCCAGAGGCUCAGAAGGGAAGAGAAGAGAAAAAGCAAACGAGAAGCAGAUCACCAAAUCUCCUUCUUCUGCACUUCAUCAUCAGACUCUUUGUCUCUCUGUUCUUCCGAACGCAGAAGCAUCGUACACGAAACUGCUCCAAGUGCGAGCGCGCUCAGCCGGGAUCAGCCGAAGGAGAAAGUGACGCCACCACCAGGCUGAUAUUUAACUCCAAAUAUAAAUGCUGUAAUACACAAGACUCCAGACGGAGAUAUGCACAUCAUACAGAUAAAUAAACAUCUAAAUCACA